AUGCUAGCCUCUGGUUGUUUACCCUCCUUUGCAAAAUCCUUGGUUUCGACUGCCUGUCGAACACUGGCGUGCUCUGCUAGUCUUGGAAAUUAUAAAAUUAUAUCUAAGCCCCUUGAAACUGAUUCGUAUGCAGAGGGCGUGGAUACACUUGCUCGGAAGCUUCUCUUAACCGAAAUCGUUAAGGGUUUUGGAAUUACUUUGGGCUACUUAAUGAAGGAACCUGCUACUAUUAACUAUCCCUUUGAAAAGGGUCCCCUUAGUCCGCGGUUCAGAGGUGAACAUGCACUUCGUCGGUACGCAAGUGGCGAGGAACGUUGCAUUGCUUGCAAGUUAUGUGAAGCAAUUUGUCCCGCUCAAGCUAUUACUAUUGAAGCUGAACCCAGAGAAGAUGGCAGUCGACGUACAACACGUUAUGAUAUUGACAUGACAAAAUGCAUUUUCUGUGGAUUCUGUCAAGAAGCUUGUCCUGUUGAUGCUAUUGUUGAGGGCCCCAAUUUUGAAUUUUCGACGGAAACCCACGAAGAGUUGAUGUAUAACAAAGAAAAACUCCUUGACAAUGGUGAUCGAUGGGAAGUUGAAAUUGCCGCUAAUAUUGAUGCGGAUUAUCUCUACCGCUAA